GAGAAGGACCCCAGCUGCCACGCGGGGCUGGGGGCAGACAGCCCGCUCCAGUCUCCGGGCCCCGGGCGUUAAAGGGGCCGGGAGCGGGCGCGGCGCGCCGGGAGGGGCCGAGCCGGGAAGCGGGUUGGUGCGUCAGCCUCACGCGUGGGGAAGGAAGCGGGCCUCAGGCCCCGGACUGCCAGCGCGGGGUCCCCGGCACGUCCGCAGGCUGCACCGGGAGGUGGAGGCUUCUGAGAGGCGGGAGAGCCGAGGGCGGGCCUGGGAGGCGGCCGGGAGGUGGGGCGCGGCCGGGGGCAGGCCCGCGCGGGCUUCAUCUGCGGACUCACGGCCUGCUCCCGAUCGCUGGGGAUUCCAAGGCGCGGCGCGACGAGCGGCCGGAGCGGCUAUGGACCACCGCUGGGGCUUCCUGAUCGGCUUCCUGGGCGCCGUGGGGCUGCUGGGCUCGGGCCACUGCGGGCAGCACCCCCCGGAGACGGCAGCGCAGAGGUGCUUCUGCCAGGUUAGUGGUUACUUGGAUGAUUGUACCUGUGAUGUUGAAACCAUUGAUAAAUUUAAUAACUACAGGCUUUUCCCAAGACUUCAAAAACUCCUGGAAAGUGACUACUUUAGAUAUUACAAGGUAAACCUGAAAAGGCCAUGUCCUUUCUGGAAUGAGAUCAGCCAGUGUGGAAGAAGGGAUUGUGCUGUCAAGCUUUGUCAGUCGGAUGAAGUUCCUGAUGGAAUUAAAUCUGCAAGCUACAAGUAUUCUGAAGAAGCCAAUAAUCUCAUUGAAGAAUGUGAGCAAGCCGAACGACUUGGAGCUGUGGAUGAAUCUCUAAGUGAAGAAACACAGAAGGCUGUUCUUCAGUGGACCAAGCAUGAUGAUUCCUCAGACAACUUCUGUGAAGCUGAUGACAUACAGUCUCCUGAUGCUGAGUAUGUCGAUUUGCUCCUUAAUCCUGAGCGCUACACGGGUUACAAGGGACCAGAUGCUUGGAAGAUAUGGAAUGUCAUCUAUGAAGAAAACUGUUUUAAGCCACAGACAAUUAAAAGACCUUUAAAUCCUUUGGCUUCUGGUCGCGUUCUGGAGGCUGGGAAGUCCAUGAUCAAGGUGCCAGCAGAUCUGGUUCAUGAGAACACUUUUUACAGUUGGCUAGAAGGCCUCUGUGUAGAAAAAAGAGCAUUCUACAGACUUAUUUCUGGCCUCCAUGCAAGCAUUAAUGUGCAUUUGAGUGCACGGUAUCUUCUACAAGAUACCUGGUUGGAAAAAAUAUGGGGACAUAACAUUACAGAAUUUCAGCAGCGAUUUGAUGGAAUUUUAACUGAAGGAGAAGGUCCACGAAGGCUUAAGAACUUGUAUUUUCUCUACUUAAUAGAAUUAAGGGCUUUAUCUAAAGUGGUACCAUUCUUUGAGCGCCAGGAUUUUCAACUCUUCACUGGAAAUAAAGUUCAAGAUGCAGAAAACAAAAUGUUACUUCUGGAAAUACUUCAUGAAAUCAAGUCAUUUCCUUUGCAUUUUGAUGAGAAUUCUUUUUUUGCUGGGGACAAAAAAGAAGCAAACAAACUAAAGGAGGACUUUCGACUCCAUUUUAGAAAUAUUUCAAGAAUCAUGGAUUGUGUUGGUUGUUUGAAAUGUCGACUGUGGGGAAAGCUUCAGACUCAGGGUUUGGGCACUGCUCUGAAGAUCUUGUUUUCUGAGAAACUUAUUGCAAAUAUGCCAGAAAGUGGGCCCAGUUAUGAAUUCCAUCUAACCAGACAAGAAAUAGUAUCAUUAUUUAAUGCAUUUGGAAGAAUUUCAACAAGUGUGAAAGAAUUAGAAAACUUCAGGAAUUUGUUACAAAAUAUUCAUUAAAGAAAACAAGUUGAAAUGUGCCUGUUUUUGGACAACGGAGGCCAAAGAAUGGAAUGUCGUUCAAAGGCAUUAAUAGCAAUGACAGUCUUAAGCCAAACAUUUUAUAUAAAGCUGCUUUUGUAAAAGGGAAUUAUAUUGUUUUAAGUAAACAAUUUUUAAAAUUGUGUUAAGUCUAUGUAUAAUAUUGUGAGUAAAAGUAAAACUUUGAUAAUGUGGUACAACUUUUAAAGUUUAAUAUUAAGUAAAAUCAGGAUUAUCAAUUUCAUAUAUGGUAACCCUAAGUAAAUAAUGUUUUAAUAAUUUUGUGUAAGAAGAUGUAAUAUAAAUAAAACUAUGGCCAAUGUGUCAAGCAUUUAUAGGAAAAUGCUAAGCAGGCUCAUGAUGACCCAUUAUUAACAGCCUAAAAUUUUUCAACAUUUAGGGCAACCAGAUUUAGUAAAUAAAAAUACAGAAUGCCUAGUUAAAUUUGAAUAUCAGAUAAACAAAUAGUUUUUAAUACAAGUAUGUUCCAUGCAAUAUUUGGGACAAACUAUACCAAAAAAUUAUUCCUCCUUUAAAAUUCAAAUUUAACUGGGAGUCCUGUGUUUUAUCUGGCAACCCUACAAUACAUUGGUAUGAAACAAAUCAGUUUUAGAAUUAUGUUGCUAUUUUGAUUGGCUUAUUUUGGUGUGUAGAAAGAUACAAUGAUAACUCAAAGGCAUAGGGGAUUUCUAAACAGUGUGAAAAUUUGAGUAGAUUUAUAUAUUUAUUCUCAUAAUACUUUCCCUAAUUCUGAAUAAAAUUUGGGGGAAACUUUUUAUUUUUAUAUAAUUUCAAAUUACAGAAAUGUUUCCAGGAUAGUACAAAGAACUCUUUUACCAGAUUCCUUAAUUGUUCAUAUUUGCUUUAUCUCUCAUGCUCUCUCUGUAUGCAUACACACGUAUACUAUUUUCCUCAAUCAUUUGAAAGUCAUUUACAGGCAUUGUGCCCUUUGAACCAUGAACACUUCAGUGUGAAUAAUUUUUUUUUUUU